AUGCGCGUGCGCGGCUGGAGGAGCGGCGCGCGAGCGGGCACGCGGUUUGGCCCUGGACGGGUGCCGUAGCCGAAAAGCUGGGCGGAUGUUGUGAGCCGGUCGCGGAGGCUGAGGCUGGGGGACUUAGGUCUGUGUGGGCCUUUGACGAGCCUGGAGUAGACACGCUCUGCAUCUGGCUCAGCCUCCAGGACCACUGGCUGCCCAUGAGUGACGAAAGAUGGCAUCCAAGGGGGCUGGCAUGUCUUUUUCCCGAAAGAGCUAUAGGCUGACCUCAGAUACCGAGAAGUCCAGGGUCACAGGCAUUGUGCAGGAGAAACUACUGAAUGACUACCUGGACCGCAUCUUUUCCUCCCCUGACCAUGGGCCCCCUGCAGCCACCAGCAGGAAACCCCUGAACUUCCAUAACCUGCCAGAGCAUGUGGACCAGCUGCUACAGGUGGACAGUGAAGAUGAGGAGAGCCAGGGACAAGUUGAAGGGCGACUUGGGCCAUCUACUGUAGUCCUAGACCACACAGGAGGCUUUGAGGGGCUUCUCCUUGUGGAUGAUGACCUCCUGGGGGUGAUUGGACACAGCAACUUUGGUACGAUCCGUUCUACCACAUGUGUGUACAAAGGGAAGUGGGUCUACGAGGUGCUCAUCUCCUCCCAGGGGCUCAUGCAGAUCGGCUGGUGCACCAUCAACUGCCGCUUUAAUCAGGAGGAAGGGGUUGGAGACACACACAACUCCUACGCCUAUGAUGGGAACCGGGUACGCAAAUGGAACGUGACCACAACGAAUUAUGGCAAGGCAUGGGCAGCGGGGGACAUCGUGAGCUGCCUGAUUGAUCUGGAUGAUGGUACUCUAUCCUUUUGCCUGAAUGGUGUGUCACUGGGCACUGCCUUUGAGAACCUGUCCAGGGGCCUAGGAAUGGCCUACUUCCCAGCCAUCAGCCUGUCGUUCAAGGAGUCGGUGGCAUUCAACUUCGGCAGCCGUCCUUUGCGCUACCCAGUUGCGGGCUUCCGGCCCCUGCAGGACCCUCCCUUUGCGGACCUGGUGCGGGCACAGAGAUUGCUGGGUUGCUUCCAGGCGGUGCUGAGUGUGGAGCUGGACCCUGUGGAAGGGCGGUUGGUGGAGAAGGAGAGCUCUGCGUGGCAGCUGCAGGGCCAGCCCACGGUCCUCCUCACACUGGCCCACAUCUUCCAUCACUUCGCACCACUGUUGCGCAAGGUCUACCUAGUGGAGGCUGUGCUCAUGAGCUUCCUGCUGGGCAUCACGGAGAAGGGCACGCCUGAGCAGGCGCAGGCUGUGGUACACCAGGUCCUGGACCUCUUGUGGCUCUUCAUGGAGGACUACGAGGUACAGGAUUGCCUCAAGCAGUUGAUGAUGUCCCUGCUACGUCUCUACCGGUUCUCGCCCAUUGUCCCAGACCUGGGUCUGCAGAUCCACUACCUGCGCCUCACUAUUUCCAUCCUGAGACACGAGAAGUCCCGCAAGUUUCUGCUUAGCAACGUCCUUUUCGACAUGCUCCGGUCCGUGGUCUUCUUUUACAUUAAGAGUCCCCUGCGUGUGGAGGAGGCUGGCCUGCAGGAACUCAUUCCCACCACCUGGUGGUCGCAUCGCUCCAGCAGGGAGGGCAGAGACGGUAAGGAGGCGAAGGAGGAGACCCCCGAGGAGCGGCAGCGGAGGCGGGCCUAUGAGCGCGGCUGCCAGAGACUCAAGAAGCGCAUCGAAGUGGUGGAAGGGCUACAGGUCCAGAUCCUGAAGCUGCUGUUGGACAAUAAAGACGACAAUGGCGGUGAAGCUUCUAGGUACAUCUUUCUGACAAAAUUCCGGAAGUUUCUGCAGGAGAAUGCCAGCGGCCGGGGGAACAUGCCCAUGCUCUGCCCCCCUGAGUACAUGGUCUGCUUCUUACACCGCCUGGUAUCUGCCCUGCGCUUCUAUUGGGAUGAAUACAAAGCUUCCAACCCCCACGCUUCCUUCAGUGAGGAGGCUUACAUCCCGCCCCAGAUCUUCUAUAACGGCAAGGUGGAUUACUUUGACCUGCAGCGCCUUGGGGGCCUCCUCUCACACCUUCGAAAGACCCUGAAAGAUGACCUUGCUUCCAAAGCCAAUAUCGUGAUCGACCCCCUGGAGCUCCAGGCAGCUACCAUGGAUGACCUGGAUGAGGACGAAGAGCCAGCCCCCACGGCGGCCCAGCGUCCCAUGCAAGCCCUGGCCAUGGGAGGGGCACUGCCCCUGCCCCGGGCAGGCUGGCUCAGUUCUCCAACCCUGGGCCGAGCCAACCGCUUCCUCAGCACAGCAGCUGUGAGCCUCAUGACCCCACGGCGGCCUCUGAGCACCAUAGAGAAAGUAAAGGUCCGCUCGCUGAAUGUGGAACAGAGGACUCGUGAGGACAUUGAGGGCAGCCACUGGAAUGAGGGCCUGCUGUUGGGGAGACCCCCUGAGGAGCCCGAGCAGCCCCUCACCGAGAACUCGCUGCUGGAAGUCCUGGACGGCACAGUCAUGAUGUAUAACCUCAGCGUUCACCAGCAGCUGGGCAAGAUGGUGGGUGUGUCUGAUGAUGUCAACGAGUACGCAAUGGCCCUGAGGGACACAGAGGACAAGCUCCGCCGGUGCCCCAAGAGGAGGAAGGACAUCCUUGCAGAGUUGACCAAGAGCCAGAAAGUUUUCUCAGAAAAGCUGGACCACCUGAGCCGCCGGCUUGCGUGGGUCCAUGCCACUGUCUACUCCCAGGAGAAAAUGCUGGACAUCUACUGGCUGUUGCGUGUCUGCCUACGGACCAUCGAGCAUGGGGAUCGCACAGGAUCUCUUUUCGCCUUCAUGCCUGAGUUCUACCUGAGCGUGGCCAUCAACAGCUACAGUGCUCUCAAGAAUUAUUUUGGCCCUGUGCACAGCAUGGAAGAGCUCCCAGGCUAUGAAGAGACCCUGACCCGCCUGGCUGCCACCCUUGCCAAGCACUUCGCUGACCCACGAAUCGUAGGCACUGACAUUCGAGACUCACUGAUGCAGGCCCUGGCCAGCUACGUGUGCUACCCACACUCCCUGCGGGCUGUGGAACGGAUCCCUGAGGAGCAGCGUAUUGCCAUGGUGAGGAACCUCUUGGCACCCUAUGAGCAACGGCCCUGGGCCCAGACCAACUGGAUCCUGGUGCGGCUUUGGAGGGGCUGUGGGUUUGGGUACCGCUAUACACGGCUGCCACAUCUGCUGAAAACCAAACCAGAGGAUGCCAAUUUGCCCAGCCUCCAAAAACCCUGCCCCUCCACCCUGCUGCAGCAGCACAUGGCAGACCUGCUUCGACAGGGUCCUGAUGUAGCCCCUAGCUUCCUCAACAGUGUCCUUAACCAGCUCAACUGGGCCUUCUCCGAGUUCAUCGGCAUGAUCCAGGAGAUUCAACAGGCUGCUGAACGCCUAGAGCGAAACUUCGUGGACAGUCGGCAACUCAAGGUCUGUGCCACCUGCUUUGACCUCUCGGUCAGCCUGUUGCGUGUCCUGGAAAUGACCAUCACACUCGUGCCUGAGAUAUUCCUGGACUGGUCCCGCCCUACCUCGGAGAUGCUGCUGCGGCGGCUUGCACAGCUGCUGAACCAGGUGCUGAACCGGGUGACAGCUGAGAGGAACCUGUUUGACCGUGUAGUCACCCUGCGGCUUCCUGGCCUGGAGAGCGUGGACCACUACCCUAUCCUGGUGGCAGUGACCGGCAUCCUGGUACGCCUCCUGGUGCAUGGUCCAGCCUCAGAGACGGAGAAAGCCACCUCUGUGCUCCUGGCUGACCCCUGCUUCCAGCUCCGUUCCAUAUGCUAUCUCCUGGGGCAGCCAGAGCCUCUAGCACCCGGCCCAGCCCUGCCUGCCCCUGACCGGAAACGCUUCUCUCUACAAAGUUAUACAGAUUAUAUCAGUGCUGAGGAGCUGGCCCAGGUGGAGCAGAUGCUGGCACACCUGACUGCUGCGUCUGCCCAGGCAGCAGCGGCCUCCCUGCCCACCAGUGAAGAGGACCUCUGCCCAAUCUGCUAUGCCCACCCCAUCUCCGCUGUGUUCCAGCCUUGUGGCCACAAGUCCUGCAAAGCCUGCAUCAACCAGCACCUGAUGAACAACAAGGACUGCUUCUUCUGCAAAACCACCAUUGCAUCUGUAGAGGACUGGGACAAGGCGGCCAACACAAGUGCCACCUCCUCGGCUGCCUAGGCCAGCCUAAUGCACACAGCCUGCACCGUCCUGGACCCUCCAGCGGCAGACCCAGACCGAGCUCCACUCCUGAGCUCUUUUGGCCCUGUUUCCCAUCACCCUCACUCUUACCACCUCCAUCCAUCUGCCUGGGUGUAGCCUCAUUGGUGGGAGCCCAGCCAUGGCCCUAAUCACGCCUGAGCUUGACUUGCAAUCCAGGCUACAGUGAGCAUUAAAUUAUUAUUCCAUACA